UACAAGUAUUGAUGAAAUUGUUAUUAUUUUAUCCAAUAAACUUGAACCAAAAACAUAUGGACCUUUAAAAAUCACAUUUGAAUGUGAUACUUCUAAGGGUCGAUGGUCACAACCUAUUUCGGAAGUUAAUAUUAAAGAUCGAAUAGUAUCAUUUAAAACACCAAUUUUUCCAUAUCCGGAUGAAGAAAGCAAAGUAGUGGAUAUUGUACUACGACAAGAUACUCGUAAUUUGGAAACAUUAAAAUAUUAUUAUAUAUCAUCGUUAGAACCAUGUUCAAGAUGCCAUUUACUUUCUACUAUCGAUCAUAAUAGGAUAAUAACAAAUACACCAAAUAAACGUCCAGCAUAUUCUAUAAAUAGUGCAGAUGAUACAGAAUACGAUGGUGUUGUACCAGUUUCUGAAAAUCCGAACGAACGUGAACAAUUACGAUCAGAAUCAUCUCAGGAAUCAUUACCAUCGCCACCACCUAUUUCAACAGCCGCUUCUUUGCCAUCAACAUCUAAUGCUCCAAUAAAUGGAAACUAUAAUGACAAAUUUAUGGAUAUACUCUCUAAAAGUGUUGAAUCAUUAUUUCAAAAGAAUGAUUAUACACAAUUACUUCGUAUAUGUCGUACAUUCAUUAAGAAAAAACCUCAAUUACUGCAUGAUGCUGUUACCAAUGGUCAUCGUGAUCUGUUAUUAAAAUUUAUUCCAAUUGCUACAAUCGAUAUGCUUCAAGAAAAGAAUAAAACUGGAGAAAAUGUUCUUCUUUAUGCUAUACGUCUCAAUUAUGUUGAGAUUGUGAAAGUUUUAUUGGAAAAAGAAAAUGCCGAAGCACUUAUUUAUAAUAAGGAUGAAAAAAAUAAUAAUAUUUUCCAUAUAAUUGCAUCGGAUUCAAUAUCAGUAGAACUAUGUGAUUUCAUAAUUAAUUAUCUCCUUAAAAAGACAAUUCCUAUUCAAGAAAAAUUCGAUCAUUAUAAUCAAGAUCAUCGAACGCCAAUACAACUAUGCAUUAUAAAAAACAACCUAUUAUUAACAAAACAUCUUUUAAAAUAUUUCAAAACAAAUGUAUAUGAAACACAAAAACGUUUCUGUGAUAAUCUUAUUCAUCUUGCUGUUCGUUUUGGUGAUUUAGAAAUGGUUAAAUAUCUAAUUGAAGAUGGUGAAUUAGAUCAAUUAGGUAAUCAAAGUAAUUUAACAAUGACAUCAAGUGAAUUAGCGCAAUCGCUUGAACGUCAUGAUAUAGCUCAAUAUUUAAAUGUCAAAUAUCCACCACCACAAAUUUCAGAAGAUACUAGUUCAUCAUCUGACGACGAUGAUUAA